GCAAACUGAAGUUCUCUGAUCUGGAGGAAAUAGCCAGCAAUCUUGGUGAGGCCAUGCUCACUGGAAACCUGAGUGCUUCCCUGGCCUUUACAAUCUCUACAAUGGAUCUUUCCAGUCCAGUGCCACCUCCAGAUGAUGCAGAGUGGGCUCAGCCUUACAGCGUCGGUUACUACCUGGGUUACCGGGAGACUGAGCUCAUUGGCACAUCCUGGUAUAAUCUCCUGCAUCCUCACGAUCUGUCGCAUGCCUCUGCUCAGCACUACCGUUUCUUGAGUGGGGGAAGCGAAGUUCGAGUUGAGAUGAUUGUCCGUCUUCAGUCUAAGGAUGCCCAAUGGAUCUGGGUUUACAUUGUGGUUCAGGUGGAGUGUGCUGAGGGGCCCGUUCUGUGCUCCAACUACACAGUCAGUGAGUCGGAGGCUUGGUGUCUUCGCCAGCAGCUGAUUGAUGAGCAGGAGGAGAGCCUGCUGUACCCCUGCUCUGUGCCAGCUCAGAUACCUCAGCACCAGCCAGUUCAGUCUCCCAGCUACCUGUCCAGCCCUGACACUGUCUUCACCCCAAUGGCCAGCACUCCUACCAGUGGCGUCUCCACCCAGUCCUUCGACUUCAGCGGCAUCUGUGGCCUGGACUUUGCUGAGGUGUCAGGGCCGACGGGAGGGGAGGAGGACGCUGAGCUAUUCCGUCAUGGGGGGCUUCUCCCCACUCUGCCUCAGGAGAAGGAGGAGACGGGACAACGGGGAACACAGAGGACCGGGAAGCUCCCUGAGCUCUCCUACAGUGACUGCACCUUCGGCGCCGACUCGCCCACCCCACCCUGCACCCCACAGCUGCUGGGAACCACCUUUACCUUCAGUGGGCAGGAGACGUUUGGCCCCAGCGAGCUGUACUAUCCCCUGGAGCCCUGCGCCUCCCUGUACGAGCGGUUGCCCCCUUCCCCUGACAGCCCAGGCCACGGGGGCUGCACUGUGAUGGGGCUGCCCCAGGUGCCCACCCCUCUCUACAUCCACGUGCCCAGCACCCCCGAGGGGAUCCUCACUCCCGAAGCCUCACCCAUCAAGCUGCCCGCCAACUGCUACUUUGGCUACUUGGUGGAGGGCACACCGCGGACUAGCAUCGACGCCCUGGUCAAGCAGCUCGGACACCAACUGACAGAGAGCCAGUUGGCCGCAGGAGGAAUAGCCCAGCAGCAGGAGCCAGCAGUUGGCGAGUCCUGCCAAUCCCUCAGCUCCUCAGUGCCCACCAGAGAGACCACCGAGCCAGACUCACAAGCGUCCAAACCAUGGCGUGGCAUAGACUUCUCUGCCAUCAGCCUCAGCCAGGACGAGGAUGCCAUUGAGGACAUUCUGAAAGACCUGAGAGCUUCCUCAGUGCCAGGAGGAGGCGCUGCAGCUGUCAGCCCCCAGCAGCUGCGGGGGGGGAUUAGCCCAUCUCCCACCGCGGUGGGAAACAGCCAAGCCGUAUCGGACUGCACCCCAGACACCGGCUGUACCACAGACCUGUCUGCAGAAGAGCACACCUUCCUUGAAGAGUUGACUUCAUAUGAAAAUGUAUUUGAGACGUUUGCCUCAAGAUCUCCCUGUGACGGGUUUAUUGAUGAGUUGUAUCAACUCCAAAGUCACUCCCACGAAUACUUCCACCAAGAUGGAAAUGGAAGUGAAUCUUCAUUCUGAAAUAAGUCUAUGACUUACUUCAUCAAGUAUGGCAUAUUGUCAUAUUUUGUGAAGCAACUACAAUCAAAGAUAUCACUUUGAAACUAAGGACAUUUGUUAAAAAGCUGUUAAUUCUCUCCUUACAACACACUGCAUGGGGUUGGGGGAGGGGUGUUUAAUUGUAUUUUGAAGAAAAAGCUUCCUUUUUGUUAACAUGACUGCACUGUAAUCACGUCUGAGGCGAAAGCUGUCAGUGUAAUGAUUUUAACUCAAAGUAGACUUGUGUUGCUAUGGAAGAGGAUAUUGUAAGACAUACUUACAGAUGUAACUGUAUCACUUGUAGUGACUAACCAAAUCGUAAGAAAGAGACAGAUAUUAUUACUUUUCUUGAUAUGAUUAUUGUACAAAUGACACAUUCUGAAUGUAUUAUUCACGUGUCAUCAGAGCUAAUGUAGAACUCUCUACAAUUAAAGUAUAAGGAUUGAAUCCUGUUUAAGUUCUUGUAUUUCCUCACAGAGAUAUUUCUAUGUUUGUACAUAGAUUAAUGGAGAUUUAUUAACAAAUGCAAGCAUUUUUUAUAUAACCUCAACAGACGUACAUUGUGAAACUGUGUUUUUGUGUGUACGUUAUUAAAGUCUUGUGGAACUUAAUGUAAUACACAAAUAUUUAUA